ACUUUUCACGUUUUUCUAGAAUGGACAAAACAAAACUUAUCAUUGAUUGUGAUGCAGGGAUAGACGACGCACAAGCAAUAAUGUUAGCUUUAGCUAGACCGGAUGCGGAAGUACUUGCUAUAGCCUGCGUGAGCGGAAACACGGAGGUCGAUCACGUGUGCCGAAAUGUCUUACGUAUAUUAACCAUCUGUGAUCAUAUCGAGAUCCCAGUAUAUAGAGGUUGCACAAAAGCCCUCGUGGAUCAUGGCAAGCACGCGAAAUUCUACCACGGUUUGGAUGGUUUAUGUGACCUCGAUGGACUUCCGGAAGUUAACAUGAAUUUGAUUCAGACGGAGCAUGCAUCGUGUGCAAUGAACAGGAUAGUUGGCGAAAACCAAGGCAAAAUCACACUCGUAUGUAUUGGACCAUUAACAAAUGUUGCAGUCGCCUUGCGACUUAAUCCUGACUUUGGAAAACAACUGAAAAAGUGUGUGAUUAUGGGUGGAAAUACGGAGGGACAAGGCAAUAUAGAAGAUGGCAGUGCAGCGGAAUUCAAUUUUCACUUUGACCCAGAAGCUGCUUACAUGGUUUUGCACGAGCUGAGUUGUCCUAUUACAACAUUCUCAUGGGAAGCAGUUCUUCAAAAUCAGUAUCCAUGGGAUUGGUUGAAACGCAUCCUAAAUAUAAAAACUUCAAAGGCCAUAUUCCAUAGUACCAUACUUCGAACCUCCUUAGACAAGCACAACGAAUGGCAGUUUCCAGGGUACAGUUUUUGUGAUCCCACUGUAGUCGCCAUUGCUCUUAAGGAAACCAUAGUAACAAAGUCACGUGAUGUGUUUGCCACAGUAGAACUACAAGGUCGCUUGUCUCGGGGACAAAUGGUCAGUGAUAGUCGGAACCUCCAGAAAACACCGCCUAAUGUCAAACAAGCUCUAGAAAUUGACAGAGAUCUCAUGAUGGAGAUGUUUUCUAGUGUCUUUGAAGAAAGGUCUGAUUCGAAGUAGAAAUCAUGAUUAUGAAAUUUUCCUACAUUAAACAUAAACGUGAAUUUCAAGGAAUUAGAAAUUGUACAAGUAAAGAAUUCAUUGGCAUUUCACUCUCGAUCAUUCAGUGAGGAAAAAAGAUCAUGCCACCUCGUACAUGUAUAUUGUAUAUACGUAGCAUCGAGGGGAGGGGGGGGGGGGGAGUUUUUCUUGCAGCAAACAUUUUUCAUAUAAAAAUUGAAUUAUGACGGAGACCUCCCCCCUUCCCCUCCAUUUUUGGUUAGAUGUAAACAAUCGAAGUGAAAAUAUGGAUUUAAACAGGAAAAAAAUUUGAAGUUAAUGGUAUAUUUGGAUUUAUAUUUUUUUGGUUCUCAAGAUUACUUGAAUCAGUCUGCCCCCCCCCCCCUAAAACGAUGCUUCCUUGCCUGUGUGGUGGAGAGAGGGUAUGCUUUUCAUAUACACAAAUACCCCCAGACGUAGCCAAGUUUUAAUGUAAAUAUGUAGUGAAAAUCGAUCAUGAGCGAGUUUAUAUACUGUGUUAUUAUAAUGUAUGUUAGUGUGUCGGACGAUCCCAAUGUAAUGCUUGUGGUUACCGUCCAGGGAGACGGUGUAUACAGAAAUAAACAAUUUGUUUGACUGUG